UUCUGGGACAGAAGAAAAACACAAGCCAGAGAGAGGGAACCUCACUUGAGAAAAUGCCCUGUUGAAUUGGUUUGUAGGUGGCUGUGGGCACACCUGAGGAAACAAAGUCCGGCACCCAGCUGGCAGAAGCCAUCGCUGCAGCAUAAGCUCCUGAGGUUCUGCCAUCGCUGCAGCAUAAGCUCCCUCCCGAGGGAGGAAGCGGUCCAGAGGCAUAGCAGGAUGAGUUCUGAGACAGGCCCUGUAGCUGUCGAUCCCACUUUGAGGAGAAGAAUUGAGCCCCAUGAAUUUGAAGUCUUCUUUGACCCUCGGGAACUUCGGAAAGAGACCUGUCUGCUGUAUGAGAUCAACUGGGGCGGGAGGCACAGCAUCUGGCGACACACGAGCCAAAACACCAGCAAACAUACUGAAAUAAACUUCAUUGAAAAAUUUACUAGAGAAAGAUUCUUUCGUCCGAACACCAGAUGCUCCAUUACCUGGUUCCUGUCCUGGAGUCCCUGUGGGGAGUGCUCCAAAGCCAUUACUGAAUUUUUGAGACGACACCCCCACAUAACUCUGUUUAUUUAUGUAGCACGACUUUAUCACCACGCGGAUCAGCGAAACCGGCAAGGACUCAGGGAUCUUAUUAGCAGCGGUGUGACUAUCCAGAUCAUGACGGAGCAAGAGUCUUGUUACUGCUGGAGGAAUUUUGUCAACUACUCCCCUUCGAAUGAAGCUCAGUGGCCAAGAUACCCCCAUCUGUGGGUGAGGAUCUACGUACUGGAACUCUACUCGAUCAUUUUAGGACUUCCACCCUGUUUGAACAUCUUAAGAAGAAAACAACCUCAAUUCACGUUUUUCACAAUUACUCUUCAGAACUGCCAUUACCAAAGGAUACCACCCCACCUCCUUUGGGCUACAGGGUUGAAAUGACUUCUGGGAGUUGGGGAUAGACAAGAUGACUCCUUGUAUGUGUACUGUCUUGACCGCAAGCAUUGAUGACCCACCAAAGAGUGAGCCCAUGAAGAAUCUAAACAUUGAGCUGGGGCUGUCACUCAUGGGUAGCAUUCUAGUUACACACGAGGCCAUUGGUUUAAUUCCAAGAACAUCCAGAAAAACAGAGAAUCUAGAAAUUGAGCCAGGAAUGGUUAUUCACUCCUGUAUUAUCAGCACUUGGGAGGCAGAGGCACCAGAUCUCUCCGAGUGCAAGGCUAGCCUGGUCUACAUUGUAAGACCCAGGUCAACCUAGAAUUACACAGUGAGAACUUAUCUAAUGCCUUCUUGCCCCCACCCCUGCCCCAAUCAAGAAUGUAGACGUUGAAGAGUCAGGUAAAGUGGUGCAUUCCUGUAAUCCCAGCAAUUUGAGUGGUGGAGGCAGGAGAAUCACAAGGUCAAGUCAUUUAGAACUACACAUUAAGUUUGAAGCCAGCCUCACCAUGUAGAAAUUCAGUGUGCUAAAUUCUUCCAGGUAUGCCAGAGGCCAACAGCCAACACCUUGCCAGCUUACAUAAUACAGUCACUCAGACCAGUUCAGUCAUUUGCCUGCCUGACCUUCCAAAGGCUAUUGUGGCAUACAGCAGUCCCUGGGUAUUAAAAGCUUAGACCUUAUUAACUUCUAAUGAAGUCUACCUAUACAUUUUAAUUUUAAAAAUUUUAUUUCUUGGCCGGGCAAU